AUGGCUCCCAUGAGGCGAGCCCCCAGGAUGAGGCUGCCCGAGCUGCUGAUUUUCCUGGCCCACUGGGGAGUCACCAAGGCUGGACAAGGGAAGUUCUGGCACGUCUCUGACCUGCACCUUGACCCGGACUACAAGGUGUCUGAAGACCCCCUCCAGGUGUGCCCAUCCGCUGGCUCCCAGCCGGUGCCCAAUGCGGGCCCCUGGGGCAACUACCUCUGCGAUUCUCCCUGGAUCCUCAUCAACUCCUCUAUCUACACCAUGAAGGAGAUCGAGCCACAGCCAGAUUUCAUCCUCUGGACUGGCGAUGACACGCCCCACGUGCCCAACGAGAACCUGGGAGAGGAGGCCGUGCUGCAAAUUGUGGAGAACCUGACCAAGCUCAUCAGAGAGGCCUUUCCAGAUACUAUAGUCUAUGCAGCUUUGGGAAAUCAUGACUUUCACCCCAAAAACCAGUUCCCGGCUGGAAGCAACAAUAUCUACAAUCGGGUAGCAGAGCUGUGGCGACCCUGGCUCAGUUACGAAUCCUUCGCUCUCUUCAAAGAAGGUGCCUUCUAUUCUGAGAAACUGCCGGCGCCAAGUGCGGCUGGGCGAAUCGUGGUCCUCAACACCAAUCUGUACUAUAGCAACAACGAGCAGACGGCCGGCAUGGCCGACCCUGGCCAGCAGUUCCAGUGGCUGGACGAUGUGCUGACCAAUGCGUCCCGAGCUGGGGAAAUGGUGUACAUUAUCGGCCAUGUGCCCCCUGGGUUCUUUGAGAAGACGCGGAACAAAGCGUGGUUCCGGGAGGGCCCCAACCAGCAGUACCUUAAAGUGGUCCGGAAGCAUCAUCGAGUCAUUGCAGGGCAGUUCUUCGGGCACCACCACACCGACAGCUUUCGGAUGUUCUAUGAUGAUGCAGGUGUCCCCAUCAGUGUCAUGUUCCUUACACCUGGGGUCACCCCAUGGAAAACCACGUUACCUGGAGUGGCCAACGGAGCCAACAAUCCAGCCAUCCGGCUGUUUGAAUACGACCGAGACACACUGAGCCUGCAGGACAUGGAGACCUACUUCUUGAACCUGAGCCAGGCGAACGCGCUGGGGGCACCGCGCUGGAAGCUCGAGUACCGGGUGACCAGGGCCUACGGCGUGCCCGACGCAGGCGCCCGCUCUAUGCACGCGGCGCUGGGCCGCAUCGCCAGCGACCAGGACGCGCUGCAGCGCUACUACGUCUACAACUCGGUCAGUUACGACACGCUGGCCUGCGACGAGGCCUGCCAAACUGAGCACGUGUGCGCGCUGCGCGAAGUGGCCUUCGACGGGUAUGCCGCCUGCCUGCGCGCCCCCGGCGUCGCGCCCGCGCCCCGCCUCGCACUCCUGCUGUUGGCGCUGCUGGGCCUGCGCACGCUGCUUGUGCCGUGA